CGAUUAUUUAUUGCUAUCGGGGAACCUCUGAUUCCAUUGUUACAAUUCGCUUCUUGUCGUUGUCUUCUCGUUGUUAGUAUGUUAUUGCUGUGCUGUUGAGUGACAUCGGUUGAUUGUCUAUCGGAGAAUUAGCCUUUCAUUUUGCUUAUCUGGGCUGCAGCAAAGCUUCAUUUCUUGCAGGAGAUACCCACUAAGGACUUGGUGCAUUUUCUUUUCUUCUCUUUUUCUCCCCCCUCUCACUUUUUUCUCAAUUUCUAAGCAUCGAAUACGAUUUUAACUAUGGAACAACAACUAGACAGACUUCUCGAGAAAUCCUGGGCAAAACUACGCACCACCCCUGAUACAUCCCGGUUAAUGAUCGCAGUCAGCGGUAUUCCAGGCUCAGGUAAAACCGGCCUCGCCAGCAUGUUGGCCAACCGCAUCAACCAACUCUACUCCGCCGAAAACCCAGGGUCACCACUUAUCGCCACAGCCAUUCCAAUGGACGGGUAUCACUUGACACGAGCACAACUGGCGCAGAUGCCAGAUCCCGCAUUCGCCACAGCUCGACGGGGUGCCGCUUUCACAUUUGACGGGGAGAAAUUUUUGAGGCUGGUCCAAGCUCUCCGGCAACCGCUGACCGCGGCGAGUCAGAACUUAUAUGCGCCGAGUUUCGAUCAUGCUGUGAAGGAUCCGGUGGAGAAUGAUAUCGUGAUUCCGCCUACGAGUAGGGCGAUUUUCUUUGAGGGGAAUUAUCUCAGUUUGGAUAAGGAGCCGUGGAAUGAGGCUGCGAAGCUCAUGGAUGAACUAUGGUUUGUGGAUGUGGACUUUGAGACGGCGAGGAAGCGUUUGAUUCGGAGACAUGUGCAGGCGGGUAUAGCGAAGGACGAGGCCGAUGCUGAUAGGCGGGCGAGAGAGAAUGAUCUGGUCAACGGUAAAGAGAUUGUGGAUUGUCGGAUGCAAGUGCAGGAAAUCAUUGCCAGCCAUUAUGAUCCCAGGUGGGACACGUGAGAGAUCUACUACCCCCGGUGCAUUGGAAUUGAGUUUCGUCUAGGCAAGUUCCAGGUCCUCCUUUACCAAGAUCUUGUGUACGCUAUGUAUAUAUUUAGUUGCAGACCAAUACGACUAUGUAUUUUCUACUUGUAGAGAAUAAGUCUAAUUUAGCUACGGCUAAUAAUAGAAGACAAUACGGAGGUCGGAGAAUAUCGCCACACAUGAAAAACACUGUACAGAGUGCCAGGGGUAGAACUUCUGAGACUGGGUCAUUUCCCUUACUCUGCAUUGUACUCUUAUGCCCUGGUCCUUCAUAUUUUACCUGUGUGUAAUAAUAUGUUGCACCGAUAAUUUGUACCGAAAAGGGCGUGUUAUUGCGGGAAAUUGGAUGCCCGGAAGCGGAAAAA